GAUUAAUUUCAAAAUAAUCUUAAGUUGGCAACACUUAUAAUAAAACGAAAAAACGGCAUGGUUGAUGCAAUAUGUUGUGCCUUGGCUCAAGGACAAGUAAUGCUAUUUCAGAAUGUUUUACGUAUUAUAUUUUACAAUGAAUAACGCGGGAAGAAGUAAAGAAUGUCGGCUUUUUUGAUAUCGAGAAUUUGUCGAUUUCCCGCGAAGACAUGGCACUUUGUAACUCCAUGUUAUUUCUAUGAUGCGAAAUAUAAAAGAUUCGAACGGUUCUCGGAUAGAAAUACUUUUCUACGUUCGUCUUCUAGUAGUAAAAGUCUGCUAACGGAGCUGACGGCGAUACAGAAAAUAGUAAACAAUGCACCGAAUAAAUUACAACCAUACUUACGCCUGAUGAGAUUGGAUAAACCGAUUGGUACAUGGUUAUUGCUGUAUCCAGGAUGGUGGAGUAUAAGCAUGGCUUCAUCUCCAGAACAAUUUCCUGAUCCUAGGCUUCUGUUACUCUUUGGUGUAGGUGCCUUAUUACUUCGUGGUGCUGGUUGCACGAUUAAUGACAUGUGGGAUAGGAAAUAUGAUGCAAAAGUCGAACGAACGCAACAGAGGCCUUUAGCAUGUGGUGAAAUAAGCAUGUUCAAUGCUUUGGUUUUUUUAGGUGCAGAAUUAUCUUUAGGUCUUCUGAUACUGUUACAAUUAAAUUGGUACAGUAUUUUCCUCGGAGUUUGUUCAAUUCCGCUUAUAGUAACGUAUCCGCUUAUGAAAAGAAUCACGUAUUGGCCUCAAAUAUUUCUAGGACUGACGUUUAACUGGGGUACUCUCAUGGGUUGGUCGGCCGUACAUAAUUCAAUCAACUGGUCCAUUGUCCUUCCGUUAUAUGGAGCCGGAAUUUGUUGGACUAUGAUUUAUGAUACCAUUUAUGCACAUCAAGAUAUAAAAGAUGACAUGAUGAUUAGUCUUAAAUCAACUGCUAUUAAAUUUGGGGAAAAUACAAAAAACUGGUUAAUAGGAUUUGGCACUUCUAUGGUUAGUUUACUUUUGCUGUCAGGCAUAUGUGCAGAACAAACCUGGCCGUAUUACGCAGCCGUUGGUCUCGCUGCUGCUCACAUUGCUAAUCAGGUUAUUACACUUGAUAUUAACAAUCCACGAGAUUGUUCUAAAAAGUUUCAAAGUAACAAAAGGAUAGGAUUUAUUCUGUUUGGUGGUAUCAUAGCUGGAACAUUACUGAAAAAGAAAAGUGAUGAUCGUGAUGAUGAAAAUAGGAAAUGUUAAGAGUUUUCUUUUUGUAUAUAGUAGUAAAUAAUAGUUUUGUACAUAUCUUCAUUGUUAUUUUGAAUAAAACAUGCAUCGACAUAGAAAAUUGUUUGCUCAUAACGUUAGUCAUUGUGAUGAAGUUAUGUAAAUAUUUAUUAUAACUUAUGCGAUGGAAUUUAAUUAGAAAAUUGUUUAAAUGCAUCAUUAAUGAUUAACGACAAGAUGUACUUUGAUUGUACCAAAAUUUCUUUUGGCAAAUAUAAAUGAAACAUGUUUUCAGAAAUCUGAUGUUAUGCAUGGAUUUUAUUUUAAAUAAAAUUGACUUAUUUGAAAAUUAAUUUUAAAAUCUUUAGGUAUUCUUACACGAGUUAUUCCGCUAAGUAAGAAACAACUUGUAUGUAUGGAAGCAAAUGUUAAAAUUGACAUGUCUCCUGCUGCACGUAUGGCGUGAUAUUUUGUUAUAAACUGUAUUGUGCAUGUUUGAAAAUAUCGAGUUUAACGUGUUGAUAAGCAGCACAUACUUAUUCUUUAAAUAGAGUUUGGAGGUUAUUUUGUAUGCUGUCUUGUUAUUAAAAAAUGGCCACCGAGACCAUUAUUAUAGGUUUAAUUAUAUUGAGAAAACAUGGAACUAACUGUUCAAAAGGCAUCCAUUCUUUUCGGACACCUUGCAUAUUAAAUACCGGACAUUUAACGCCAUUAGAACGAACAGCGGUAUCGAACUUCCCAAUAAUUCCAAGCGGUUCUAUUUGUAAUAUGUAUGAAAUGUUAAUUAAAAACGGCAUAAUAUAUUGAAUUUAUAUUUUCAAAUUGUUAAAAUGAAUAAAUAUAGAU